AUGACUUCCAUCUACGUCCUCCUCGGCCUCUUCCUCAGCAGUGUUGUGGCACAGCGAUAUGUCCCUCCCAAGCUCGGCUCGGACAGCACUGGGGAUAUCACUCAGCCUGGUCCAUGUCCCGCCUAUCUUCCCGCUUUCCCAGACUUCGAGUUUGCCCAUCUGGCUAUACCGGUCUCACAAAAGAAGCCCGACACGGCCUACCCCAACACGCUCACACCAUAUGUCACCGCUGGCGACAUCUCGAUGAUCUUCAACUUCGACAUCUCACCAUCCCGCAAAGGCCAGCUGUGCGUCCUGGAGUUCUUCUUCCCAACUCAAAGCCAAUUGAGCACAUCCUCGUUUCAGUUCACCGGUGCCUAUGGCGAGUAUAUAUUCUCCCUCUCGGUUCUUGGCGGCGGCGCAGUGGAGGGUAACACGACCUACAACAAUCAACCACUGCAGUCCAACCCGCACGGCUUUCCCCGGAUCAUCCAUAUCAACCCAGGCCACGCAUGGGCGCUGGGCAGCACGAUCUGCGUGCCAGGGAGAUUCGCCGUCACGCUGAGCAGCUCGAACAGUAGUCUGAGAUGGUUCCAGGACUGGAAUCAAUGUCCGAUCGGGCUCUUCAUCACCUACGACACAGAGACGCCAUGA